AUGGCCUUAUCGGUGUCCUUCUCACCGAGAAGCCUUACUACCUACGCCGUCGUGUACGGUUGUGACGAGGAAGCUGCAGACUUUCUGACGGCGAAACUGACUGGGACUGAUCACCCUGUCUUUCACCCUAUGCUGUUACCAACUCUCUUUGCCGAUAUGGAAAGAGAGCGCCAAGUGAAGUUGCUACGCAAGAAUUCCGCAAAGAUGAGCCAACUAACCGUCGACCUGACCAUCAACAAGGGCCUGGAGGGUCCUGACUGGGGCCCCCAAGUGGACCACAGCGGGGAACCCAUCGAGCUGUGGCAAGACAUGAGUUAUCUACAGAACGGUCUCCAGAACUGGCAGAGACAGAUGCAGAGAAUGGUGAUCCACCUUGAACAGUCAUCCAAUACCACGGUACCAGACACGAACCGCUACGACAUCAAGGCUCAAAAGAAUUUGGAGAAGCUAACAGUGCCCGGGAUCCGGAUCCAGAAGAGACUGGAGGAGCUGAUUGACGAGUACGACGAGCACAUUCGCGACUGUGCUACUGUAACUGAGGGGUUGAAGUUGGCAAUGUCAAUGGACACCCGCAAAACCAACCAAGAGAUCGCCCACAGCAGCCUACAAGUCUCCAAGCUGGCCCAGAAAGAUGGCAACCUGAUGAAGUUGAUAGCCUUUGUGACUAUGUUCUUUCUCCCAGCCGCAUUCACCUCGCUGUUCUCACGCUAA